AUGACAAGAAUAACGACCUCCAAGCUCAAGAUUCUUAUGAUCCAUGGUACUAUCCUGACUCUAAGCACGGAUGUCAUUGCCACCACUGACCAUAAAUUACGCUCGAUAGGUUAUACUGAAACCGGAGAGUCGUUUCGCGCCGACAUACGUGGCCUGGAAAAAGCCCUCAUGGAAGCCUUUCCAGCAGCGCCUGCGCCUGGAUACCAUCCCGAUUACCCGGAUGGUGUAGAGCUUGUGUACCCUGAUGGCACCUGGAGACUUAAGCCAACCGACUGGGAACGCUAUAUACCGGGAACCGAUCCAGGUUUUGGAUGGUUCUAUAAGGUCAACGAUGACGAUGAAUUCCCAGGCUUGCUCGAUGGACUACAGAAGCUUGGUGACAUUAUGCGCUCGCAGGGUCCCUUUGCUGGAGUCAUUGGAUUUUCCCAAGGAGGUUUUCUAACCGGACUUAUUACGAGUCUGCUCGAGCCAGGCAGGAAGAGUGUCUUUGAAAAAACCGAAGUGGAGAGUGGAGGUAUUCCGUUCCCAAAAUCGUUCGACGGGGUGGACCCGAUUAAGUUCUCAAUCAGCUGCUGUGGUUUCGCUGGAUUGAACCUUCGGUACAAAGCCUUCUAUUCCCCAAAAAUCUCAGGGCCAAUGCUUCAUAUGAAUGGGCAAUUUGAUGAUGUUGUGUACUACAAAAGAAGCCGCACUCUGAUUGAUGCGACCACGGGUGCCGAGGAAGAGAAAGUGCUCAUUCACCCGGGUGGUCAUUCUGUGCCGACCAGCAAAUUGUAUACAGAUGCGAUGAUCAUGUUCAUCAAAGGGAAACUCGCGUCUUGA